AUGACGUUGAAGCGUAAAGUGGCUGGUAAGUUCCCCUUCAAUACUUGUAACAACAAGUGGCUUUUUGACUCCACUAGCCUUACCAAGUAUGGACUCAACUUGACUAUACAAUAUUCUUCCAUCAAAUUACAGGACUUUGAAACCAUCGGCUCACCAAGAAGAAGCAGACGGCUCCACCUAGUUGAUGAAAGUGAUUCGGAUUCGGAUAAUGAAAGUAUUAUGGACUAUGAACAUGAGCCACCAAGUCCAAUUUUGGUGCCCGUUGAAGCACCAAAAUCUUCAAUAAGAAGAUCCAGCUUUACCAAAGAUGACAAGGACCUGGCUUCGCUCCAGAUCUGUUAUAGUAAAAUAGAGAGUAUCAUUGACGAGCAUUUCCCAAUGGCGAAUGAUUACAAUUAUAUCACAAUCAAGAAUUUUGUGUGCAACUGCAUGCUUCAGCAAGAGUUAGAUAUCAAAGAGUUUCUUGGUAGAAUUGUGAACCACAGGUACAGAAACGAGCUAUCCGAUAUCAUUCGCACAAUAUUCAUUGAAAAAUUUGAAGAGAUAAAAUUGGAAGGCUUGAUUGAUUAUUUCAACAAUUUUCUAAAUUUAUCGGGUGUCGUUGACUUGAAUAACCCACAUUUUUAUGAGCAGUACUACCGAAUAUGGAAAUUCAGGGCCGAAGACUACUUGUCAUACCACGAAGAGUACUUUUUUGCAUAUUUCAACAACGGGGGAAAGGCACCAGUUUCAGCGGAACAUAUACUACUUCAGAACGGAUUCUUGAUCAACUAUGCAAGGUUUAGAUCAUACUUUGCAUACGAUGUCCUAAGUUACGAGGACGAUUGGGAGGAAUUCUCUGAUCCAGUGAAAUCAAACCAUAUAUCGUCUUCGCGUCAGUCGUUCAGUAGCAUACCCUCGAUGGUGUUGGAAUCCAAACCAAAGCGUCUUCGCUUUAAUGAAGAGGUCGACUUGAUCAGUAUAAAUCGACAUCUUCCGGUAGACCAUGUGUUUCGGUCAGAUCAUUUGGCAAGACACAAUCUUAACCACGAGCCAAAGGAGGUUUACGUUUGUGAUUUUCAAAUUGAAUCGAACGGCGAAAUGCAACAUUGUGGUAAAAGAUUUGUGAGAAAAGAUUUGAAAGAACGUCAUGUCAAGAGACACUACGAAUUGCAAGAGCUUGAAGCGUCAAGUAAACUGAGUCACGGAAUACACAUUCGUCAUACUCCGUCGGCAAAUGAAUUGACGCCUAACGGAUCCACCCAUUCCUUUCGGCAGCCUAAUGUGGCCUCCUCAUCCACAUCCAUGGCGUCUCCCCUGUACCCUUUGACAACAAACUUGACCACACACAUCCCGCCAAAUCAAUUUGAUUUAGAGUCUUUGAGAAACAACGGGACCACGUUACCUCAAAAUGACAUCUUGACUUGGUUAUUCGAUAUACCACAAUUUGACAACAACUUACAAAGAGACAACUUGAAUAGGGGCAGUAACUUGCAACAAAUGUAUCAACCACACCGGGCACACAACAACCUGCAUCCCGCACAACCAUUCACUCCGCCGCCGCCCUUGGGCACACUCGAGGAUCAGCUUGCGACUGCGUAUGACUUUAAUGUUUUCCCUAAUGAGAACAAUCCAUUGGACGAUCUCUUGUCGAGGCAAGUAAUGUUAAAGGACAACCAAAGGCGCAAGCUUUCACAAGUCAGUGAUAGUUUGCAAACUUAUCUGAGUAUUACAUCAAACUCGUCCCCCACCACGACCGAAACGCUUGUGGGGCAAGAACCUCAAGUAGAGAAUGUUGGGCAGACUGCUGAUUUCGAUCUUGUGGAAAUCGCCAACUUACUUGGACUAAACUUGGAUCAGGUCUUGGAAAUCUGCAACACUCAAAGGAUGUCAAUGUACCUCAAGAAUUUUUGGGCCACAUUUCAUCCUCAAUUUAACUUUGUGCAUUUUCCGUCUUUUGAACCCAGAUCGCACCCAUUGCUUCUAGUGGCCAUGAUUGCAACUGGUGCACUGUACUUUAACAGCGGUGAAAAUACGGAAGUCUUGAUAACGCAAUUAUUAGCAGAUGAAUUGCGUUAUGCCAUAUUUAAGCAUGAGGAUUUCCUUUUUCUGAAACCAUGGGUAAUACAGGCCUUAAAUUUACUUGAAUGGGUUGAGAAGAACUUUUUAUCGAGAAAAUUUCACCAGCGGGGCCACGUCCAUCAUGGUGCAACUGUUCAAUUACUACAAAGAAGCCCAAUGAUGGGAGGCAACCCGUCAGCCACCAAAAGAGCCAGCAGCACCGGGUCGACAUCUGCUGAGGAAAGUGACUCCAAUGUUGAAGAUGAAGUCAACACUGAUAUGGAUCUCUAUAUGCAAUGGGUCGAGUCGGAGUCCAUGCGUCGUGUAACGUUUAUGACAUUUUACUUAGACAUCACCGAUUACGUUAAAUUCAGACACAGUCCACAUAUCGAAUUUAGUCAGCUUCAAUUGUUAAAUCUACCGUGUGACGAGCGUCUUUGGGAAUCAACUGCCGUUCAUGGGUCCUUCAAAAAAUUGGCAAAACUUCAAAAAAAGUUGCAGACCAAUCAAAAGACUUUUUUAACUGGAUUAAGGGAGCUUUUAAGGGGACAGUACCAGGGAUUGAAGAGUUAUCCACUUUUCACACAAAAGAUUCUCUUGGCUGGACUUGUGUCUUUGAUGUUUCUGCAAACUGAAAUGAACAACUCAUUGCUUAGAGACAACUCCAAUAAGUCGUGGAAAGAAAAUGUGAUGCACACAUUUGACUCGUGUCUUGAUAUUGUUUUGAACCUCAACCACGGGGAGUUGUAUCGACCUUUUGACGUCUUUCAGCUUGCUCGAAUCAUGGCUUGCGAUGUCAAUCAUUACGAUCUUGCAAUAUUUGCCGGUGCCCCCGCCAAUCAAAGUGUUACUGCUUCAAAGAAGGAUAAAAGGAUUGUUGAGCGCAAGAUGAAAAAUGUUUGGUCUCAUAAGAGGGCUCUCGAAUGUGUAGUUCAAAGCUACAAAUUCUUGUGGGAUGUGUUGUUGGGGGAGCAAAAUUGGGAUUCAAAUAAAAGCAGCGAUACCUCGUUUACAUUAAGUCAUGCCAUGUUGAUGUUGUGGUCGUAUUGCUUCGUGGUUUGCGGGAAGGAGAGUUCAGUUUAUCGCACACUCCCUAAAGAUGUUACUUACAUCCAAAUGGUUUCACUUAGUGCAGAAGAUGGACCAUCCUCGCCAGAGCAAUUAGCGCCAUACGAUUUACGAUUGGCCGUGGGCAGAAGCAAUGGAGAUAUCGAAAUAUGGAAUCCAAGACAUAGCUGGACACAUGAGUUGACGUUGGCGGGUUCGAAAGGAAGAUCUAUUGAAGGGUUAAUCUGGAGCUCGAUCUCUGGCACUGAGCCAAGUCGAUUAUUUUCAAUCGGUGGAUCAACUUAUGUAACUGAAUGGGACUUGAAAACGGGCAGACCUUUGGUCAAUUACGACUGUAAUGCGGGAACAAUUUGGUCCAUCGACGUGAACCCACAAGGUGACAAGUUGGCUGUUGGCUGUGAUGAUGGGUCCGUUGUUGUAGUUGAUAUAUCUGGAGGAACGGGCUCAUUGGAGUAUGAUAUCAUUUGUCAAAGGCAAGACGCAAGAGUUUUGAGCUUAAAAUGGAAUGGAGAUGAACAAAUUGUUGGUGGCUGUGCCGAUGGAAGAAUUAGAGUUUGGAGCUAUGAAAAAAACACCAAGGGUAGAAUUUUGGGUACUAUGAGGGUCGACAAGUCCAAGACCGAGAGUACAUUGGUUUGGACUUUAGAAGUGUUACCGAAGAGAAAUCAACUCAUAAGUGGAGACUCAACGGGGCAUGUAAAAGUGUGGGACUUGAAGUUUUUCUCCUUGAUGCAAAGUUUUAAGCUUCAUGAUGCUGAUGUGCUUUGCCUCGUAGGUGAUUCCCGCGAAGAGCGAUUCUAUUCAGCAGGAAUUGAUAGAAAGAUCCAUCAAUAUGAUUUAUUGCAUUCUAAAUCCAGCACUAAAUGGGUGCACAGUUUCAACCGUUUGUUACAUUCGAAUGAUAUUCGAUCGAUGGCAAUCACGGAGAAUAAGAGCUUCAAUGUGCUUGUGAGCGGUGGUGUUGAAAGGGCAAUCACAAUACAACCUAUCGACAAUUUUCAAGACUCAAAAUACAAGAAGUUGUUGGUUAACCAACAAAUUAGCAAUGUUUUAGUGAUUCCAGAGCAACAGCUUGUAAUUCUAUGGCAAGACCAAGUUGUUAAAAUAUGGAAAAUUUUGAAAAAUGGCAAACACAAGUUGAUUGCCAAGUUGUCCCUUUCGGAUGAUGAGAAUAUAACUAGCGUUGACUUCAAAAGUAACUUGUUGGCGGUUUCCAAAAUGACUUCUGUUAAAGUUUACGAAUUGGACGAGGUUGACGCUGAGAACGAUAAAUACAUGAUCAAUAAAAUUAGAGAUGAAAAUUUCGAUUCAAUGAUAUCAGGGGCCAAAAAAGUGACAUUCAUAACUGAAUCAAAGUUACUUAUUUUGACUCCUGAUGAAGAGUUGUACCAAUUUUCCAUUGAUGCUGAAAAUAGUCAAAUUUCAUUAGAGGACCAAAUCGAAAUGAUUGAACAGGAUUCGUCAUCAAACAUUCCAUACAACGACAACGUGAAGCUGUUAAUACUUACUCCAAAUCACAAAAACAUAUUGAUUUCCAGGUUCAACGGAUCUAUCGAAGUGUAUCCCCUCAAUGGUGACGAUGCAUUCACCCUUGCAAAAUUGUCGAAUUCUUCAUCUCAGCCACAUUUAAUAACGUGUCGAAACAACAAGGAACUCUUGGUCUUGACAAACGAAAACAAAAUACUCGAGUUUAAUUUAUUCAACCGGGAUCAAUUACUCACUGCUUGGUCCAAACGUAAUAGCGAGUUUUUGCCACGUCAAUUUUUGAAUCUCGAUGAUAAACCGGAAGGAAUGUUUGCAAAGGGGGACAGAUUGUGGGUAUAUGGAACAACAUGGAUAUGUUACUUUGACUUGACUAAAAAUAUUCCAAUCAGCAAGUUGUACAAGAACUUGAGCACAGGUAAAAAGAGAAGACGUGAUGGAUUAAGCAUUGACGACGAUGUUGACACCAAUGGCGAUGUUGUGCAGUUAGAGUCGAGCUUAAAGCAAAGUGAGAUUGACAAGUUGAAAAGUCGGAUCAGGGAACAAGAGGAUGGUGUUGAUGGUGACGCACCAGAGGAUGGAGACGAUGAAGUUAUGCAUGAAAGAGAUUCAAAAGUGUUUUCAUUGACAGAAAAAUAUAGACCGAUCAUGAAAGUGGCUGAUUUUGGGUCCAAUGAAUUACUAAUCGUUGAGAGACCAUAUUUUGCAUUGCCAACUACACCUGCAUUCAACUUGCCAAAAUUGAGGGUGUAA